GGUAAGUCACGAAAACAAGCAAAUAGGUGUCGGACGAUCCUGGGUUCAAGCGAGUGCAUUGGGCUUUUUGGCGUCUGACGCAUUCAGGGGUCGAUGGUCUCGCGCGGCACGCGAAGAGUGAUGUCAUAUUCUGAUUCUGUUGGUCGCGUGAACCGCCGUUCGUACCUUUUUCCCAGUUCAGUGGUGAAUUCCGCGGAAUGUACCAUUUAACGGGAAGAGCUGAGGAUCAUGCCGCACCGAACACGGGAGAGAUGUGAAAAAUCACAAGGAGAAAUGUCAGCGAUCGCGAUGCUUACAAAUUAACAAUCAGUUUGUAGAGAAAGAAGGCGUGACUAUACAUGCACACGACCACAACAAUAUUGAAGCACACAAGGCAACACACACAGCACAACGAGGGAUGACAGAGAUCAAACCCAGUUCGGAAGCACUAUUCAUGAAGCAUGGUAUAACUAGUUUGCGGGCUCACAAGUGGAGAGAAGUAAACUGAUGUUUGUAAAACGGGGAGAUAUACUUUCCCUUUCUGUGCUGGAGAUCCGCGCCUGUUCAACAACAACAACAGCGCAGCCUGCAGUCGGUGGAUGUGAGCGAUGAAAGAGACACUCGAAUGUAAACCCUGAGCAUCUUCAGGUUUAUGCAUCCCAGACGACUUCUCAGACGAUUUCAAGUUCAACGAGUUCACGAGACGAGACAUUCGCGUUGCGUUUUGGUCGCCAACAAACAGCGCGUGGACAAGUCGGAAACUCACCCGCCAUUGAAAACAUAACCCUGACAAUCUGAGGCGGUGUUAGACACAAGUGCCUCUUGCACUACUGGUCCCAACCCCAGGUGUGACUCGUCCAUACGACGUCACAAAUGCGACCAUGGGAAGUAGCAGUGAGUAGGCGGCCAUCAACAGCCCCCUUAAACCAGAGGAGGGUCGCCGGGGAGCCUUGUUUCACCCCUCUGCACCUCAGGAGAAGUCCUCCAGUGCGACGUCAGUGGGGGCAGCGCGAUAGACCCGGUGUGCACGCUUCCCUGCAUCAGGAUGAGAACUUCCACCACCCUGUCUUCUCCCAGCAUCGGCAGAUUCCUUUAGAUGAGUCCAGGCAAUAUAGUCACAACACUGCACCUCCACGCAUGCUGCAUACUGCCACACAACCACCCCAGCAGAGCUCCAUCAUGGUGGAUCUUCAUGAACAGAUGCACCAAGGAUCAGUUCCGAUCUCUUACACAGUUACCACGGUGACGACCCACGGUUUUCCCAUCCACACCGGGCAGCCUAUGCCAGCCUGCAAUGCUCAGCAGCUCCCAGCAUGCUCGGUAAUGUUCAGCGGACAGCUCUCUCUGCUGUGCUUCCUUCCUCCUCCACUUAUUCAGGCCUGCACCAUGCAGCACCUGCCCAUGUCCUACCCGCCGUUUCCACCACUAAUCUCCAGUGAGCAUUUUAUACUUCAUCCCAGUCCCCCAGUGCCACCCCACCAGCCUCCACAUCUCCCUCCUCUGAAUCAAUUUGUUCCCUUGCAACCCCAGCACCCACGUAUGCCUCUGCAGAGGGUGGAGAAUGAAGUGGAUCUUCGGGGUGACCAGCAUCCAUUAGGAACCUUCUCCUAUCCUCCAGCUCACCAUCCACCAGCAAUGACUCCCUCCCUUCCCCUCCAGUACCUCCCCCAGGAACCCCUUCACCAAGAGCUGCCCUACGGAGUGCCAUAUCCUCAUCUGUUGCCGAGGCGUUUGACUGGACAGAGGUACCGGUUACAGCAACCACUGCCUCCGCCACCUCCUCCACCACCUUACUACCCCGGCUUCUUACCCUAUUUCCUCUCAAUGCUUCCUGUGCCUCCAACCGCUGUGGGUCCUGCUAUCAGUCUGGACUUGGAUGUUGAUGAUGUGGAAAUGGAGAACUAUGAGGUAAAUCCUCAUCUAGCGUUAUUAAACCUUGCAGAGAGGCUCGGUGAAGCGAAACCUCGCGGACUUACAAAAGCUGAUAUAGAGCAACUUCCGUCCUACAGGUUCAAUUUAGAAAGCCACCAAUCUGAACAAACUCUUUGUGUCGUAUGCUUUAGCGAUUUUGAGUCAAGGCAACUACUUCGAGUUUUGCCCUGCAACCAUGAAUUUCAUGCUAAGUGUGUGGACAAGUGGUUGAAGACCAAUCGCACCUGUCCGAUCUGUCGAGCCGACGCAUCUGAAGUUCACCGCGACGUGGAAUGAGUUCAGGUUUUGUCUUUCACUGGAAAGCAGCACAAAUCCUCAAGUGUGUUUCGUAAGUGGGGACGCCUGUUCUCCAGCACCAUCACCCCGCUCCUAACCCCACCUCUACAAUAAGCAAUCUCGAAAUUUGUAUGGAAACUGUUUGACCUCUGCUGUGCAUCAUCGUGUGAAAGCUACUGCCUCCUUUAGCCACCUUGCGAGUUCUGGAAUCGUGAGCGUUUUCCGUUUAUGAAAUUGGUUUUCCUUUUCCCUGCCCAUGUUUUCGCAGAUUCCAAAGAUAACCUGUAAUGCGUUUCGUGUUGGCAUAUUUGUUUACACAGUUUAAUCUUCUCUAGUUGUUUAAUCACGAAUAAUUAAAAUUGUGUGUCGGUAGGGGUAGCGGGGUGGGCCUGAGUGAUGCUUGCUGUCGGCUUUACUGUGCAAUCGGAAAGACGGUUCGCCUCUGUCGGCGGACGGCCAUCAUAGAUGCAUGUGAUGGGCUGAGGGACUUGUUAAUAAUCUAUGUUUUGCAAUAAUGUAUUGAUCAUUUGAAUCUUAUCUUAUUCCCGGUUCUCUUUUAUCUGCGAAUGCUAUUGUGACGGUGUGACUUUGUAGUGGUUAAAACUUCAAACGCCUGAAAAAAAAACGGACUGACGGAUGAGAAUCUCAUCACGGCUGAAGAGACAUUGAGGAGCGGAGCUCUGCGAUGGGGUCACGGGGUCGCUGUGGAGUUUUCGUUUUUGCUGUUCGCUGGCAAGGGUAAUCGGACUGGCCCGUGAAACACAGGGAUGAAAACACUGCACACUGCCUUUUCCAGCCUCCGCCUGGCUGCACCGCACAACCUCCAUCUAUUCUGGAAUGGCCCUCUUGAAUCCGAUUCAUCGCUCUGCUGUCGGCUACAUCCAGGACGGGACUGUUCUUUUAGACUAGCAAUAUUAACCAGAUCCACCGCAUCCAACAUCAAGCUUUUUGGGGGUGGGGUGCGGACGCACGUCCUCUCAUUUUCACCCAGCCCGGAGAGGCCAGGAGAUCGCGUUCACCUGUCCAGACUUUGGAGAGGCUUUGCGGAAAGCAAUACGAGUGUGAACGAAACACUGACCUGAUUUAGGAGAGGACUCUGGCCUUUAUUCCUCGUUCGUGAGCCAAAUAAUCAACAUAUUUACUCUACAAGAUCUCAGCUCUGCCUUCUCAAGACCUUGACAAGCACAAACCUGUUACUAAUCUUCAAGUCUUUUGUUAGCAAAGUAUGUUGUUGUUGUUUUUUUUAGUGGUGUUAUUUAUUUGUUUUACCUUCUGAGAGAGUUUGAAGGAUUCGGUUGGAAUACUAAAGCAUCUUUAAUGCGUUUUCGUUCGCCUCCCGCUGUCAGGUCUCAGGCCGCGCUCGCAGCGUAACGUGAUGUGAAAGAAAAAAAAAACAUUGUAUGCAUAGCCUUGACGUGAAAGGUAAAAUUAUCGUCUUGUUUUUAAGACAAAAGAAUGUUGAAACCCCCUUUCCUGUGCGCCACUUGACUGUAGAAGUACCACGAAGAUCCCGGAUAGGAUUCGAAACGCGGACGACGGAGCGUUAGGGUCGUUUAAAGAAAAAUAAAAAAAAAGAAUGCACUGUAAAACGCUCAACUUACGGUUUGUGCGAUUCCAAAAACAACUUUGUUUGGGUAAACUAUGAACAAUUUGGGUAUACUUUUUCCCUUAAGAUCUUUUAAAAUCUAUCUAUAUAUAUACACAUAAAUAUAUAUAUAUAUAUUCCUGAGUUGUUUGUCCACUGAAUAGUCAUUGUAAUUAAUAGACACACUGGCUUUUCUCGGGUAAAGGGACUCUUUUAGAGAAUGUGAGUAUCUUUGCGUGCCAGGUUUAAAAAAACCAAGCCAUUGUAAUGAAUUUAAUCCACACUUUUGAUAAGUAAUCUAUGUAUACAUAUCUGUUCACUGGCAUAUAUUUUGAGUAUGAAAAAAAAUCACUCAGGGCCUCUCGGUAAUUAAAAAUAAAGGAAAACAGUCCAUUUCAAAUGGGAUUAACGCCAUGGAGGAAUAUUUGGGUAUUCCGGGUUGUUUUCCUCAGGCCGUGGGUAUUUUAAAUGUAAUCGAACUAAUGUUUUUUUUUUUUUUUUUUUAUGGUGGUGAAUAUUAUUCCAUUAUGAGACUGGCAUGCAACGAAAAAAGAAACAAUAAUGUGACAUGUUGUAUUGAGUGAAAGCAGGCUUUUCGUUACUGCAACCGAUCAUUAGCGUAUGUUACUCGGACCUGUUUUACAGCUGUGUUGUCGUACUUGAACCGCACAUAAAGGUUGUAAUCCCAUUUUAAAACGUGCCCCGGUGCACACUUGUCCUACCUAGACCACUUCCAAUACUAUUCUUACAGUGUUUGCAUGAUUUAAAAAAACACACACACAAAAAAAAGAAACUGUAUUUUCAGUGAAAGAUAUCGGGGUGGGCAAGUAUUUUAAUUGUGCACAAUAUGCAUGCAUGUCUAACCAGGUCCCAACUGGUGUUUAGGUAGAUCUAGUUGGCUUUGGGUUCUGGGUAUAGGGACUUUUGCUCAGCUGAUAACUGCCAUGCACUGUACUGCACACAUUUGUAACAGAAUCGAAUGACUACAAGAUUUUAUUGUGCUUGUACUUGCAAAAGAGUUAUAAAAUAUAUAUAUACAGUAUAAGUAUAAGGAAUAAUCUAGGACAUUAGAUGAAAAGAAAGCGAUCCUCACCACAGUCGUGCUUGCCUCAGUGAUUGACACACUUGCCUGGGAUCUAGUUAACAGAAAGCCAUAUAGUUAAAAGGUGCUAGAUAAUCUAUAUUUAGGUGUAAUGCUACAUUCACAUAAGAGAAUGCAAUAGUUUGUUAUGGGUGUCUAUUCAUGCAGCAUGCAGUGCUACUAGUACACUUAACAAAGUGGUCAGCAACAGUUAACUAUCAACAAGGGUUUCACUUAAAAAAAAAAAAACUUAUUUAGCUGUAUGUGCUGGUAGACGGUGACCGUUUCGAAAUGUGUGGAGAUGUUAUUUUACUGCCCGAGUACAUCUGCCUUAAAAGUAUUGGGGGGAACUCACUCAUUUACCAAAAUAUACCCGUCGUACGGUUUUAAUCUACCUUCUUUAGCAUCUGUAAAAAAAAGAAAUAAGUUGUUAAUACACGCGCAAGCACUUUUGCUUGGGGUAACUGGCUGUGGGCUAUUUCUACUAUAUCCUUAUUUCUAAAGGAAUUUUUCACAAUAAUAAUCAAGAUUCCUUGAAAACCCUCAGUGUUACCUGUACUGAAUUACUAAAAAAAACAAAACAAAAAAGAAAGGAUAAUAAAUAGAAUCUUGUAGUCUUUCUGUGAUUCAACUAAUAAAUAAUCUCACAGCUUGUGUGGUGGAAAAUUGUGUUCCAAUAAGCAGCUAAAUACUUUAGGGUUUGUGAUUUGUUGAUUGCUCCAUAGACGCCACUGAUUGUUUACCAAUGAUUAUUUGCUGUGGUGGGAUAGUGGAUUGUUUACUGUUAUCUUCUCCUCCUGGCCUCUAGGGGUCAGUCAUUGCCUGAAUUCCAGACUACCCAGCCGACAACUACAGGGCCAGGGGCAUGUGUUCUGUGUUAGGAAGAUAUUUUGCUUUGGUACUUGCACAUUUACAGUUACCUCAUUUUUGCCAUGUUUGUAUUUGGAAGAAAAAAAGAAACAAUAAAAAAGAAAUGAAUAAAAAUGCUAAUAUAUAUAUAUUAUAUAUAGGAAAUGGUUCUUAAUGCUAUAAUUUUUUUCAUUCCAUUGGAAUCAUUGUUUGUAGCAUUUAACAUAUAACUAGUUAUAGUGUAUUAUAAAUACAUCUGUAUACUGAUUGAAAUUUUUAAGAUUUGUACUUUUUUUAAAUGAAAGUUGCUAGUUCUGCUUUACCGAGUAGUGCAAUCAUAUUUUUUUUAAUUGUGGCUGAUUGGAGAGGGUUGUUCACUAAUAAAUGUGUGAUGUAUACUCAUACUA